AUGUACGUACCGCGACGCAGCGAAUCGACCUUUUAUAUAAACGUCAAAAACCCCGAAGUAUCACAAGGAUACAUUCCUCGGUUGAAAAUUGGAAAAGGGAGUUGCCUAGUCAAGGUAAAAAAUGGACGAGCUUACCUUCAAAUUUACAACACGACCAACAAUGAAGUAGGAAUCAAAAUCCCUACACUAAACGUACAAGAAGAAUAA